UCUUUCCCUCUCCCCAUCCCUCUCCUUUCCUCUUCCAUGACCCUCACGACAAAUCUUUCUUACCCUUACUCCAUCCCCUACGGCAUCGUUGCUUCAAAAUCCCCUAGGCAGUUGAUGAAAUCAACCAGAGCCUAUUAAGAUGGCAGGCUCCGGAAGGCUAUUAAAAUGGUUUGACGGCCUCGCUUCUCGUACCUUGGAUCUUGUGGGCGACUACGCAGGUGAUGAACUCUUCAUAAUUGAAGGAGACUCAGUUUUGCUUCAUUGCUUUUCUGAUGAACAACUGGACUUCUCUUCUGGAUUUCAACUCCUACACGCCGCGUACACCAUGGAGAAGUUUCUCUCGCAGCUUCAUCAGAGAAAAUGCGUUUUUCAUGUCGUAUUCUUUUCCGAACAUGAGAUAGUCUGCACCCCCCCGAAUAUUGACGAUAGCCUCAGGCCUAGAUAUCUCCUUGCUCGCGAGGUGCUUGUACAACACCUAUCUGAAAACCUCCCCAACAGAGUCCCGUCAAUUCAAGUGAAGCGCUUUAGCACAUACAACUGUGACGCUUUCAAGGAAUAUCUUCAUUCUGCAGGCGCAUAUUUCCUGAUGUGUCAUGAUGGUGCAUUUCCUGAACUUGACAGGAGCAAGUCAAACGGAUCCGAUGAACCUGAGAUUCUAGAGUCAGAUGACGAAGAUUCAGAUUCAUCCGAGUAUGAUCACUCUGUAGCUCCAAAGGACGUGUCUUUGUGGCCAGGAAAGAUCGUACUCCGCUCGAUGAUACAUUGGUUUAUUUGCCGUAGCUAUAAGGUUUCCAUAUUAAAUACUUUGGAAUUCCGAGAUACAAAGGCCAUGUCCAUGAUCAUAGAAGGCUCAGCCGCGGGCGCUCGACAGCUUUAUACGGCACGGGAAUUUACUCCGGAAUCAUACAAUAACAAGUCAUCGCCGAUUUCACAGAUUGGUUCUAAUCUAGCAUCAGUCAUUAAUAGGGCAGAGGCAGAGGAGCAGAACGAAGGCAUGAUCAAGACCUUGCCCGACACGAUAAGUUUGAUCGACAAAAUGCCGGACGAGAAGACCUCGAAAAAGAUUUUGGAAACAGUCAAAAGUGGAGUCUAUAACCUAACGCAGCGCGAAUGGAUAACGCUACUUACCCUUGCAUACAUGUAUAAGACGUCUUCCUUCGAAAGAGAUGACACACUGGCGGCUCAUGGCAUGUUGCUGCAUAUUGCAAUCAUGCGAGAAUGUAAACUUUCAGAAAGGGCAAACAGCUGCCGCAUCUCUCGAGUCGGCCAACUAUUUUUGGAACGGUACUGCAGAGCUAUGAGUAAUAUUCUUUCUUCAAGCCUUUGGAAUGAUAUUACCACCCAGGCGGCGUGCACCUGCGACGUAGCAGAUGUCGUUGAUGGAAGGUUAUUUUUCGAAACAUUCAGAUUACUCGAACAAUAUGACAACGUAUCAUUCUUCCUCAGCUCAUCGGUAUUCAAAAGAUUCGAAUUUUUUCAAAACAUAAUGUCGGACCUUUUUGGGGUUGGCUUAAAGAUCGAGGAACGAUUUAGCCCUAACAAGUCUGGUAAAAACGCAAAGAAAGCCCUACUAAAUCAACCCGUGGUUCGGAUAUCUAGUGGGGAAGAAAAGGGAGAUUCGACUCUUCUAGCUUUCAGCAACCCAGUCUUAGAUUUUCAUCUAAAGCCAGUCUCGGUUGUCACCGAUGGAUCCGCUGACGACGAUGUCAGCAGUGCAAUGUCACGAAUAUUCCAAGAACUCAGCCAUUGGCACAACCACAGACGUCUACUCAAUCCAAAGACGGCUAUUUCUCUAACAGAUAGGCAACUCAUGCUUAUGAAUCGUCGUAACCAGUUUUUCAUGAGUGAUAUCAGAAGAUAUGCAGCUAGUCUCACCAACUCUUCAGGGGGGAUUCUCGAGCCCGAGAGUGUCUUUGUGAAAUCUAAGAAGGAUAAAGAUCGUAUGGCGUCACUGUCUGGAAUUGAACACAUCACUAGGAUUUCGGAGCCCAACCGAAAUGUCCUGCCUUUACAAGCCAAGAAGCACAAUAAGGAACUGUCUGGUAGAGAUCAAAUCGUACUCCAGCAACAGUGGAAGCAGAAAGAGCUCGUCGAGAAGCAGAUCAGCAAUUGGAAAGCGACGGUAGUGACCCAAUUUGAUAAGGAGGGAAAUUAUGGUUUCCGUUAUUCCAAGGUUAAACGGUAUCUCUUGUCUUUGUCAGAGGAGAAAAGAAGGGCAGCUGAAGUCGAGAUACUCGCUUAUAUGGUCAGCACUUUGGCUCUCCUAUGGAAGGAGAAGUGCAUUACGGACCACAGAAGUUCUUCAUUAUCUGUUGUGGCAUUGAUGUGGCACACGAUUCAACAAAUUGCAAAGGCAAGAUGUGGAAUCACCGAGGAAAUAGCCGUAUGCAUUCGUGAUCUCAUAAGAGACCUCCAGCUCCCGGAGCUUGAACUGUUACCCCAGGAAAAGCGAGGCCUUUCGUUUCAAUUUGCAUCAUUGAGAGGGAAGCAACCUAGCAUCAGUCUCGGAAUGCCACCUGUCGAGUUUCAACUUAUCCAUGCUGGCCCGUAUUUGGAUCGUAAUAUGGGUUCAGCGCCCGAUCCGCGUGUUCGCGACUUUGAACCCGAUGAAUGGCAAAGGGAAAUUCUAGACCAGAUUGACUCUCGAAGAAGCUUGUUUGUUGUUGCUCCAACCAGCGCUGGAAAAACUUUCAUAUCGUUUUACGCUAUUAAGCAGAUUCUUGAAGACGACAAUGAAGGGGUAUUGGUUUAUGUCGCUCCUACGAAGGCACUUGUAAAUCAAAUUGCGGCUGAGGUACAAGCAAGGUUCUCAAAGUCUUUCAAAAACCCUGCUGGAAAGUCUGUCUGGGCUAUUCACACGCGCGACUACCGAAUCAACAAUCCCAUGGGUUGUCAAGUGCUUGUCACCGUACCUCACAUACUUCAGAUAAUGCUGCUUGCACCAUCAAAUGCAACCAAGUGGUCGCCGAGAGUGAAACGAAUUAUAUUUGAUGAAGUUCACUGUAUUGGCCAAGCGCAGGAUGGCGUAGUGUGGGAGCAACUGCUCCUUCUUGCGCCAUGUCCGAUCAUCGCCUUAUCUGCAACAGUCGGGAACCCGCAGGAAUUUAAGGAAUGGCUAAGUUUAACGCAGCGAGCGAAUGGAAUAGAACUGAGAAUGAUAGAACACAAGGCCCGCUACUCAGACCUGAGGAAGUUUAUCUAUCGUCCACCAGAUUUGUUUCUCUUCAACGGACUUUCGACGCCGGGUCAGCUGCCGCCUCUUGGACUAGACGAUAGUCCUAAUUUCAGUUUCAUGCAUCCGGUAGUAAGCUUGAUCGACCGUGCUAGAGGUAUGCCAGAUGACCUAACUCUCGAGCCGCGAGACUGUUGGAUGUUAUGGAGGGUUAUGAACAAACACCAGACGCAGGAGUUUCCGGUCGAUGCAUCUUUAAACCCUGCUAUUGCAUUGCCAAAAUUGAUUAAGAAGGCUGACAUCUUCGAAUGGGAGGGCCAACUCAAGAACUUGUUGAAACAUUGGAUGGACUAUAAAGAGUCACCGUUUAAUACAGUUAUCGAGGAACUUUCGCAGGGACUACAUGACACUGCGGCCAAAGCUAAGACCCAGGUUUCUUCAGGUAGGGUUCCAGAAUCUCCAAUUCUGGAACCAAUUCGUAAGGGCCACAUUCUGGAUACGACUCUCCCUUUGAUCUGCUCGCUUCACGAUCAAGGCGCACUUCCUGCGUUGAUAUUCAACUACGAUCGCAGCUAUUGUGAGAAGAUCUGUGGACAUAUCCUCAAACAGCUCGAGGAGGCAGAGGAUUCUUGGAAAGAAUCGAGCUCUAUAUGGAAGAAAAAAAUGAGUGGAUGGGCAGAAUGGCAGAAAAUGGAAGCCAGACGGAUGAAAACAAAACAACCAAGGCGACAGAGGGAGACGGGAGGGGAAGAAGACAAGAAAACAUCAAAAGGAGAGCAGAUACGAGAGAAUGCGUCUAAAGAUUCAAACCCCAUGGAGUCAUUUAAUCCCGACGCUCCCGUUUCCGGAUUUCAUUUAGCUGAUGAAAAGAAACUUCACCCAUCAGAAUUCGAAAAGUAUGCAACAGAGUUGAGGUGCCGUGCCGUGCAAGAAUGGCUAAUCAGGGCUUUACAACGUGGGGUUGGUGUACAUCAUGCUGGUAUGAAUCGUCGGUAUCGUCAAGUUUGCGAGAUUCUUUUCCGAAAGGGCUAUCUUCGUGUUGUUAUCGCUACGGGCACUUUGGCUCUAGGCAUUAAUAUGCCGUGCAAGACUGUGGUCUUCUCUGGGGAUUCGGUAUAUCUAACAGCGCUGAAUUUUCGACAGGCAGCUGGCCGAGCUGGCCGUCGAGGAUUUGACUUCUUGGGAAAUGUCGUCUUCCAGGAUGUUCCGUACGCUAAGGUCUGCCGUCUGCUGAGCUCAAGGCUUCCUGACCUCAAUGGGCAUUUCCCAAUCACAACCAGUCUCGUGCUCCGCCUAUUCAUUCUGCUACAUGAGUCAAACCAGGCUCCUUAUGCGGCCAAGGCAAUCAACUCUAUUCUUUCGUGUCCUCGCAUAUAUCUAGGCGGGCCGGAGUCGAAGCAUACUGUGCUUCACCAUCUGCGAUUCUCGAUUGAAUACCUUCGUCGGAACUGCCUCCUGAGCCGGACAGGUGCUCCACUUAAUUUUGCUGGAACAAUAUCCCAUCUUUACUACACCGAAACCUCUAGUUUCUCCUUUCAUGCAUUGCUUAGCAAUGGUUAUUUCCAUCAGUUAUGUAAAGGAAUUCGGCGUCGACCUGAACAAACACUGCUCGACCUCAUGCUUGUUAUGUCACACCUCUUUGGGCGCUACCACCUGAGACCAAGUGUAUUGGAAUCCAGAGGAGUCAUGAGUAAGAGGUCAACCUCGGUUGUCAUUCUCCCCGCACUGCCCGGGAAGGCGACCAAGAUUUUGGACGCACACAACAAGAAGACCUUGAGCAUAUUUUCCGCAUAUGUUUCUACAUUCAUUGACCAACAUAUUCAAGAUUCCGACUGCAUCCUCCCCCUUACCGGCAUCAAAUGUGGCGGAGACCAACCAGCAGAAGAUAUCAGUAAACGGAUGGAAUUUCUCCCGCCGAAUCGGGUGAAUUCUGCAUUCGUCUCGCUAUCAGGGCAUUUGGAUGGAUGGGACAGCAUUCCGCAGCUUUGCAAAAUGGUCCGGAGCGGUGUAUGGCUCGAGCAGGCCGUCAUUCCCUAUGCUGAAGCAUCUCCGGCAAAGGGCCAGGCACCAUUGAAUGCCUACUUGUACGAUUUUUACAAACAUGGCAAUGUACAUGCUUUGGUAACCGAGAAUAUGGUUCGUAAAGGGGACCUUUGGUUUGUCCUGAAUGAUUUCUCGUUGGUACUAGCUACUAUUGUCACCAGCCUGGAGAACUUUUUGAAAUUGUCGCCCAAUACUGACCCGUGUCUCCUGGAGACCAUGGGCAGUGGCGAUGCCUUGGAAGAGGAGUCGGAUAACAAAGCGUUUGAGGCAGCAGAAGGACAUAUUAGGAUGCCAGAUUCCUAUAGAAAAGAGAGCCGCCCUACAGUCCAGCCCAAGGCCAAACAUCCGGGCAGUACUUCGUUUAAGGAUAAGGAUAAGGAUAGUAGCGAUGUGGCAGAGAAUUGGGACGACGCAUUGAGUGACGAGGACAACAACAAAGAAAAUACCAGCCACGGGGUCCUCAAUGUGGCUACCAACAAGUCGAAGAAAACGGAGAGAAAGAAUCCGAAACCCCCCAAGGACGCUACCAAGCACAAUACCAACGCCGGUGAUACAGUUCUGGAGGGUGCAGGAAUCAUGCAGGUUCUCCAGGCCUUCCGGAUGCUUCAGCAGGAGUUUAACAAUAAAUUCAGAGUUACUUGGGCGUGAUUUGAAGGGCUAUCCAUUUGGCUUAACAGCUCCUAUCACAGCGUUGCUAGGCUGCGUUGUUGGUUAUUGUGAGCAUUAGGGUUAAAUCAAAAUACUAGCUGUUGUUUGCAGGAACUUAUGUACUUCUCUUCUUAAGUUUAAGGCCCGCAGUGCGAAGAUUUAAAGUGUUGG